UACUCCAGCCUGAGCAACAGAGCAAGACCCUAACUCUAAUAAAUAAAUAAGUACAUAAAAGAUAAAAACAGUUGCCUGCACUAUCCCCCACCCCAGUUCCUAUUCCUAGGGAGUCUGGAUGGGAGGCCUCUUCCCUGCGUAAACCUGCCCCCUGCCCUGCCUGGACAGUGCUAGCCCCAUGGCUUAUGCCCAGGGCUGCUCUCACUGCACAGCCAGGCUGCCCUGGUGCAACUGGGGAGCGGCCCAGCAGGUUUUUCCUCUCAGUCUGCCUGCCGCAGGGCACCGGGCUGUCCUCUCCCCGCCUCACCAGGGCCCGGCCUUCCCAAACUUGCCUUCUCCUCUCUGCCGGGCACAGCCGGCUGGCGGUGGCCACUGAGACAAGAUGCCUAGCAUCUUCGCCUAUCAGAGCUCCGAGGUGGACUGGUGUGAGAGCAACUUCCAGUACUCGGAGCUGGUGGCUGAGUUCUACAACACGUUCACCAAUAUCCCCUUCUUCAUCUUCGGGCCACUGAUGAUGCUCCUGAUGCACCCCUAUGCCCAGAAGCGCUCCCGCUACAUCUACGUUUUCUGGAUCCUCUUCAUGAUCAUAGGUCUGUUCUCCAUGUACUUCCACAUGACGCUCAGCUUCCUGGGCCAGCUGCUGGACGAGAUCGCCAUCCUGUGGCUCCUGGGCAGUGGCUAUAGCAUAUGGAUGCCCCGCUGCUACUUCCCCUCCUUCCUGGGGGGCAACAGGUCCCAGUUCAUCCGCCUGGUCUUCGUCACCACCGUGGUCAGCACCCCCCUGUCCUUCCUGCGGCCCACGGUCAACGCCUACGUCCUCAACAGCAUUGCCCUGCACAUUGUCUACAUCGUGUGCCAGGAGUACAGGAAGACCAGCAAUAAGGAGCUUCGGCACCUGAUUGAGGUCUCCGUGGUUUUAUGGGCUGUUGCUCUGACCAGCUGGAUCAGUGACCGUCUGCUUUGCAGCUUCUGGCAGAGGAUUCAUUUCUUCUAUCUGCACGGCAUCUGGCACGUGCUCAUCAGCAUCACCUUCCCUUAUGGCAUGGUCACCAUGGCCUUGGUGGAUGCCAACUAUGAGAUGCCAGGCGAAACCCUCAAAGUCCGCUACUGGCCUCGGGACAGUUGGCCCGUGGGGCUGCCCUAUGUGGAAAUCCGGGGUGAUGACAAGAACUGCUGAGACCUGCCAGUCUCUUGACUAUGCAACCACUACCCUUCAACUUGCCUGUGUCUUGAGAAGAGAGCCCCAGUCAGGACUUGCACCUGAGGGACGCUCAUGGUUCCUUCCUCUGUUUCCCCUUUUGUGUCCUCCUUGUCCUGCGCUGCCCUGCCUUGAGGCCAAGGAUGGACUUUGUGACAUCUCUGAGCAGCAACCUGGUGACUGUGGGGGGCUGUCUCGCGCAUCUCCCCUCCAUGACCCCCCACACCCUCUUUCAUUUCCUCCUCUGUGUCCACAGCCUCCCAGUGACCAUUGUCACAUGAGCUGGUGGGGCUGAGUCACCAGGUACUGGGGUGACUGAAGGAUGUGGCAUCUAAAUAUUAGCUUCCAGGCCGGGCGCGGUGGCUCACGCCUGUAAUCCCAGCACUUUGGGAGGCCGAGGAGGGCGGAUCACCUGAGGUCAGAAGUUCAAGACCAGCCUGGCCAACAUGGCAAAACCCCAUCUCUACUAAAAAUACAAAAAUUACCCGGGCGUGGUGGUGCACGUCUGUAAUCCCAGCUACUUGGGAGGCUGAGGCAGGAGAAUCGCUUGAA